UGCAUUAAUUAAAAACCCUUUUUUCUAUUUUUUUUUUCACUUUCUCAUUUCCCCACUUCACACUCCUUUAAAUUCCCACAAGAAACCGAGGUUCCAACCUCCACUUUUCAGCUCCUCAACUCUCUCACCCUUUGGUUCCACUACAAUUUUUUUCCUUCCUUAUCUAUCUAUCUAUCUUACAUGGGUCGUUCUUGCAACAAAUCCCAACAACAACAUGUUGAAGGCCCUAUCAUUAUAGGUGCUGGUCCUUCGGGCUUAGCCGUGGCUGCGUGUCUCUCAGAAGAUAAAGUUCCUUUUGUGAUUCUUGAGAGACACAACUGCAUAGCCUCCCUUUGGCAAAACAAAACCUACGACCGUCUCAAACUCCACCUCCCUAAACAGUUCUGCGAGCUUCCCUUGAAGGGCUUUCCCCACACUUUCCCAAAAUACCCCACAAAGUACCAGUUUAUCUCCUACAUGGAGUCCUAUGCUUCACACUUCAACAUUCACCCCAUCUUCAACCAAACUGUGAAAAGUGCUGAGUUUGAUAAAGGGUCAAAUGUUUGGGUUGUUAGAACUGAAGAGUUCGAGUAUUCUUCUCGCUGGCUAGUGGUGGCCACUGGAGAAAAUGCUGAACCUGUUGUGCCUAGGAUUCAUGGGAUGGAGCUUUUUGGUGGUGCUGUUGCUCACACUAGUGUGUAUAAGUCUGGCUCUGAGUAUAGGAACAAGAAGGUUUUGGUCAUUGGGUGUGGCAAUUCGGGUAUGGAAGUUUGCUUGGACCUUUGUAGACACAAUGCCAAACCUUACAUGGUUGCUAGAAAUACAGUACAUGUGCUUCCUAGGGAGAUGUUAGGCUUCUCAACGUUUGGGAUAGCUAUGGCGCUCUAUAAGUGGUUUCCCAUUAAGUUAGUAGACAAGAUCAUCUUGCUUGCAACAAACUUAAUCUUGGGCAACACCAAUCACUACGGCAUCAAGAGGCCCAAAACCGGCCCAAUAGAGCUCAAACUCGCCACAGGGAAAACUCCAGUCCUGGAUGUGGGUCAAGUUGCACAAAUAAAAUGUGGUAACAUAAAGGUGAUGGAGGGUGUGAAGGAGAUAACAAGAAAUGGUGCCAAAUUUAUGGAUGGAAAAGAAAAGGAAUUCGAUGCUAUAAUCUUGGCAACAGGAUACAAGAGCAACGUGCCUACUUGGCUCAAGGGAUGUGAUUUUUUUACGAAAGAUGGAAUGCCGAAAACGCCCUUUCCUCAUGGGUGGAAAGGAGAGCAGGGAAUGUAUACGGUGGGGUUCACAAGAAGAGGUCUUCACGGAACGUCGUGUGAUGCAAUCAAGAUCGCUGAAGACAUAGCUGAACAGUGGAGAACCGUAGAGGACAAGAGUCACUGCGAUUCACAUAUCAUCCUACUCAAUAAUUCAUAGACCUUACUUUUCCCCCCAAAUAAAAUAUGCAAGUUUUUAAGGUAAAAAAAAAAAGAAAAAUUGGAGAAGGAGAAAUAUGGAGUUAGGAUUACCUGGGCAAUUGGACUACUUUUUUUUUUUUUUCUUAUUACUUCUUUUUACCCUCUCUUUUCCUGGUUUUCUGUGCAUGUACAUGCAAUUUUGUAUCUUAGGAGCAUACGCUUUUCUAACCACUCAAGUUUUACUAGCCUUGUACAAAACAGUUUCAUAAAUGGAAUGGUAC